AUGACAGAGGCGAGAAUCGAAAGUUUUAAGAAACGACUCCGGGCACUGACAGAAUCGGCGAAUUGCAUCGAGACCUGUUCGCUAUGGCUUCUUCAUCACAGAAAGUUCGCCAAACACGCGGCGCAAACCUGGUAUGAAGAGCUCAAAAAGAGCAAGCCGCGGAAACAACUCACCUUGCUUUAUCUGGCCAACGAUGUUCUUCAAAAUGGCCGUCGAAAGGGCAACGUGCCCGAGUACAUUUCCUACUUCCGCGCCUCGCUGCCCAAAGCCCUUUCCAUAAUCGGCAAGGACCCCGCUAUCAAACCUAAAGCCCUGCGCGUGAUCAACAUCUGGGAGCAGCGCUCAAUCUUCAGUAAAGAAAAUUGUCUAAGUUUUAAAAAGAAUCUCAGUUCAUCGUCAGCUUCAUCUGAUUCUUCAUCGACAAUCAAACGACUCGCAAUCGGAUCACCGCCUAAAUCUUCAGAAACGCCCGUUAAGAAAAUAAAGAAAACACAGGAAAUCGUUGAUAUGCCCAUUUCUCCUGCAACCAGUAAAACCCCUGAAGCUCCCACGCCUUCUCCAGUGAACAGCAAGCCCGCAUCUCCAGUCGCUUCUAGCAAGACAUCGAGCGUCGACGAGUCCAACGAAAUGCUCUCAUUCCUAAAUUCUUCAAACGUCGUCUCCUCCGACGAAGAGGAAGACGCAUCCGAUGUUACUUCCGUCGUUUCAAACAGUGUCUCAUUUCUGCCCUUCUUUUUCGACCAAAAUAAACUCAAAGAACUGACAGAUGAGGAUUUCAUCGCGCAAAUCGAAAAGGUCGCGAAAGAUCCUCCCUCAGCUGAUGCUUCGCGGCGGAAUCGAAUUGCAAAUCUUCCACCAGAGGUACAAGAGCCAGGUUGUCUCGAAGCCCUCCGCCAAAACAACAAACUAGAGCCCUUGGUGAAUAUGAUCGACUUUGGCUACAUGGAACUGGCCGAAUAUACAAAAUCGCUUGAUGAAGAAAUCGAAGAUCGAAAGCAACUAAAUCUUUAUAAUAAAACGCUCAGGGAGCGCGUUCAGAGUCUUCAAGAUGAUUCAAGAGAUCUUCUUCAAGAAACGCACAGAAAAGUUGACAAAGUGAAGAAAACUAUUGCUGAUCUUGAUCUUAAAAUUCAAUCCCUGCCAGAUUUGACUACUCUCAGUCAACUUUCGAAACCUCUGCCCAAACUCAACGAUCUAUUCACUUGA